AUGGCAAAACGGAAAUCCGACGCCGAGGCGCCUUUGGCCCCCAAAAGGGUGAAAUUGCAGCAACCAGCCACUCACGAUGCUGUUCACGAUGCUGUUCACAAUGGCCAGAUUCCCGACAUUCACGCACGGCACUCGCCAGACUCGGCGCCGCCGUCGACGGCCAGUCCCGAAGGACAACCACGGCAGAAGCGCAAGAGAACACUAGACUCUCAGUCCGAUUCUCAGUCCAACUCUCAGUCCGACCCUCAGCCCGAUUCCCCGUCCGACGACGAUAUCGAGCAUCUCGAGGAACCGGGCGCAAAGCGGGCUCGGAUUAGUUCAAGUCCCGAAUCGCCAGACCCGAGCUUGGAGCCGUGGCCAAGCGUCGGAUACGAUCCCCGCGAAGUAGAACUAAGCUGGUGGGAGCAGCUCUUCAUCCGAUCACACAGGGCAGCCAUGCUACUCCACGAACAAUACGACAGCGACAUCGACACAUCCGCCGAUGACCAAAAUCCGCUACCAAGCCCAGAGCCUUCUGAUCAAGACGUGAACGAAAGCCAGGAAUGGGAGUUUCCAACCGUCCACUCCACCAAUGAGCCGCAAUCUACAGCACAAACUUCCAGACUGCUCUCCCGCCAACGCCGCAGACAACGUGACGCAACACCACCUCCUCAAAGAAAACGGCGACAACCUCCCAAGACGGACAAGGAUGGAGAGAACAAGCGGAACAAACGGAACAAGACACAACGUGAAGCUCCUUCACCCGCUGUCGAGGCAUUUUUGCAAACAAAACGAUCAUCCAGACGGGACCCCAACUGCAAACUAUGGCAGCUAGGCGACGAUGGCACGGCAUGCACAGUGUCGAGGGUGAGGUGA